GAAACCAGCAUUCGUACCAGCAGUAUUGUAUUGCUUUCGUGUUAUUGCGAAUCCCCAGGUCUCUGGAAACUUCUGUGAUCAAGCUUUUCUGUGGGAGAGAGGGCUUCUGGUGACCUCGAGGCUCCUGAGCGGACUUGGUCAGAGCAGCAGCAGCAGCAGCAGCAGCGGAGCACUGCCACCAUCUGUUGGAGCUUUGUUCAGCUGGUUCAUUUUUCUCUCUGCGUAUGUAUCUGGAGACUGAUCAGUUUGUAGAUCUGGAUGGUCUACUGAGCACUCGUUGCCGGCUUUAGAGGGUUUCGAUCGUCAGCGAACAACAUGGGCAGUCAAGUGGGCGAAAUCAGCUCGCUGGAAUUGAGCAAGUACGACGGGAGCGACGCCGAGAAGCCGCUCCUGGUCGCUAUCAGAGGGACGAUUUAUGAUGUCUCAAGCGCCCGAGAUUUCUACGGGCCUGGUAAACCAUAUGCAGUCUUUGCAGGGAAAGAUGCGACGAGAGCUCUGGCCAAAAUGUCCACCAAAGCCGAGGAUGUGAGCCCUUCUUUGGAGGGAUUAACGGAGAAGGAGAUUGGUGUCCUCGACAACUGGGAGAAGAAGUUUGUUUCCAAGUAUCCAGUGGUGGGCACUGUGGUUUGAGCGGACAUGAGCGCAUGGUCGCUAAUUCCACGAUCUGUGGAGAGGAAGCAAUAAUAUUCAGCUGUCUGUAAGAUAGGUCAAGCCUCUACGCCGAUGUGGAGCUGACAGUGAGCAUUCCUCACCUGACAUCAACAGUUCGCACCUUCCAAAAUUCUGCACGUACAUAUCUGUUUCCCGCUUCCAUUAAUUAUCAGUAGUUAUCAUCUCUCGGCACUUCAUCCAGUAAGAUUCUCGAGGCCGAAGUGCUGAACACUUGAACUUAAUCUAGGGCCGCCGAAAACUGUCAAUAUUCUCACUGUUCGGCUUUAGACCCAUCUUGUGCUAUACAGAAGACUGCAGCACGUAAUCUGUAAAGAUUAUCACUUCAAUAAAAGCAACUUCUCACGGAAUCCACC